CAUUCUACCCCUUAUUUGUGGUCUUUUGAGCGAGUGAGUGGUGUAGAGAGGAAAAACACCUCAGAGGGAUCAAACGUGAGAUGUUUGUUUUCCCAGCGAGAAAAAGAAAACUAGUUGCACAGAUGAAGCAAGACCCGCAGGAUGGAGAGCUUAAGAAACAACUACACGAAAGACACGACAGAAUAACAGCCCUAAGCGAAAAACAAAAGAAGCUGUCUGUUAGAAGUUGUCCCGUAGGAGGGACCACCAAGCCCCUCUCCCUCAUCAAGCCUCCUCCUCCUCCCUCCUCACAAAGCAUCUCCAUCUCCGUUCUACCGGCCAACCCGGUCGCCAAGACAGCUCCCGUUGCCAUGGUGACAGCGCACAUGACCGGUGGACAAAAGGUGGUGUCGGGUAGCGCAGCUCCAGGGAGCUCCUCCUCUCCUCCUCCUCUACAGACAUCCUCCAUCAACCUCCGGACCAAUAGAGGGUCGGGAGGGGCGGUGCUACAGCCUCAUAGUAGGAGAGAGAUGCUGGGAAACCUAACAGUAGUGCCCAUCAAGGUUCCUCAGGUCAGCUCUCUACACCGGCUGUCUGGACAGACCUCCACUGUUCUACCUCAGGUUCAGCCAAAGAGUGUGAUCCCAGCUAGCCUCCUCCUCAGCCACAGCCCUGUGUCUCUCCCUAGGGAGCAGCCAGCCAGCCUCCUUCUCAGCCACAGCCCUGUGUCUCUCCCUAGGGAGCAGCCAGCCAGCCUCCUCCUCAGCCACAGCCCUGUGUCUCUCCCUAGGGAGCAGCCAGCCAGCCUCCUUCUCAGCCACAGCCCUGUGUCUCUCCCUAGGGAGCAGCCAGUCAGCCUCCUUCUCAGCCACAGCCCUGUGUCUCUCCCUAGGGAGCAGCCAGCCAGCCUCCUUCUCAGCCAGAGCCCUGUGUCUCUCCCUCGGGAGCAGCCAGCCAGCCUCCUUCUCAGCCACAGCCCUGUGUCUCUCCCUAGGGAGCAGCCAGCCAGCCUCCUCCUCAGCCAGAGCCCUGUGUCUCUCCCUAGGGAGCAGCCAGUCAGCCUCCUUCUCAGCCACAGCCCUGUGUCUCUCCCUAGGGAGCAGCCAGCCAGCCAGAAACAGUCAUCCUGUCAGGCCCUCAGUCUCCUCAACCUCCAGAGAGCUACCGCUGUAGUCAGCCCUAAGAGCCACACCCACAGUUUUAACCACACCCACAGCUCUAGCCACACCCUAACCCAGAGCCACAGCCUCGGCCCGGCGCUGCCUACAGCCAACAGCACGUUCAGCCCAGAACGUCUCUCCAUAGGCCAGGGAGACACAGCCACCUCCACAACCUCCUCACCCCCUCUCCUGGCCCAGACCCUGGUCUCUCCCCUGGCCCAGACCCUGGUCUCUCCCCUAGCUCAGACCCUGGUCUCUCCCCUGGCCCAGACCCUGGUCUCUCCCCUGGCCCAGACCCUGGUCUCUCCCCUAGCUCAGACCCUGGUCUCUCCCCUGGCCCAGACCCUGGUCUCUCCCCUGGCCCAGACCCAGUCUCUCUCCCCGGCCCAGACCCAGUCUCUCUCCCCGGCCCAGACCCAGUCUCUCUCCCUGGCCCAGACCCAGUCUCUCUCCCUGGCCCAGACCCAGUCUCUCUCCCCGGCCCAGACCCAGUCUCUCUCCCUGGCCCAGACCCAGUCUCUCUCCCUGGCCCAGACCCAGUCUCUCUCCCCGGCCCAGACCCAGUCUCUCUCCCCGGCCCAGACCCAGUCUCUCUCCCUGGCCCAGACCCAGUCUCUCUCCCCGGCCCAGACCCAGUCUCUCUCCCUGGCCCAGACCCAGUCUCUCUCCCUGGCCCAGACCCAGUCUCUCUCCCCGGCCCAGACCCAGUCUCUCUCCCUGGCCCAGACCCAGUCUCUCUCCCUGGCCCAGACCCAGUCUCUCUCCCUGGCCCAGACCCAGUCUCUCUCCCCGGCCCUAGCCUGGCCUGGAGGCAUCUCCCCCACCUCUACCAGCAGCAGCAGCCCAACAGCCACCUCAGCCUCAGUUGCCCCCGGUGUGACCUUCUCCAUCAUCUCUGCCUCGCCGCCUGCCGACACCGGGAACAACAGGGUGUGGACCAUCAGUGAGGCAGUCAAGGUCCAGCCACUGGUCUUCAACACUGACAAUAAGUUGAAAAUAAUCCAGCCGGAGGCUGAGACCCCCAGCUCCUCCCAGAACUCCCCAGGAGGACCCCAGGGGGGCACACAGAAGAUCCCCUCCAUCACCUCGACCACCAACCCCUCCACCUCUCCCUCCGCUACAGCAGCCAAGAAGGAGGAGGAUGAGGACCCAGAGGUAAAACCACAAUCCUAA